AUGAAAACUCUGUUUUCCAGCUUCUUUAGGGAUAAAAAGAGACUGUCAAAAGAUGAAUUUAAAGAGCAAACCCAGCUUACGAAUUUGCCUCAAGAACAGCCAGAAAGGGUGAUUCAUAACAGGCCUUUAGAACUAAUGGAUCCGCCAGAAUUGAAUAUGAGGGAUCCAAGGAUUUAUAGAGGCUUUCCAUACACAGAAAGGCUCGGGACAUCUUGUAUUGGCUGUGCCAGAUUUUGAGGGAGAGAAAGCAAAAAUCAUUUUUCACGAGGAAAUACUGCAGAUGUAAUGAAACAAGAUGCGGUGUCAAUUGAUGAAAAAACAUAUGCAGUGAGGGAGCAUUAUAAAGGGAAAUCGUUAUAUUUGAAAAUACAUGACACGAAUGGCCUGAAAUUAGACCCAAACGUAAUACAUCCCUUUGUCAGGAUACACAUUAUGGAUAUAAAGUUUAUUAUAAAUAUUCUCAUAUAUUAUUUCAGUAUAUUUUAGCUUCUAUUUAUAGUAAAAAUAAUAUUACAAAAAAUUCUUAUUUAACUAAAAGUUACCCACAUAGCGUGAUAAACUACUAUGAAGGAAUGGGGCAGCUAAAUACAAGCCACGAGUACAGCUCAGGAGAUUGCAGCUAUAUUUAUCCUUUUUCAACACCUCCUUGUGAUAUGAGAAUUACAGGCGAAAAUGACCCACAUUGGGAUGAAGAAUUUAUACUAGAUGAAGACGCAGCCUAUGUCCUUAACCCUAACAAUGUGAUUUUAUUCGAAAUUCUUGACUUUAAUUUUAGACUCAUCAAGCAGAACUCCAAUCUUCUGAGGCAAGACAAAAUGUACCCGGUUGCAUGGGCAUUUCUUCGUCCAAUUGGCAGCACAAAAAUGCAUCUUGGGAUUUCUAACUCCCCCCCCUCCGUGAGUGAACAAAAAAAUUUUGUUCACUCACGGAGGGGGGUUAAUUUUUUUUUUAAAAAAAUUUAUAUAGAAAUUUUUUAUAGAAAUUUUUUUUUUCGAAAUUUAAAACAAUCCUAAUUUGCAAAAAUUUGUAAUAAAUAUUAAUUUAAUUUAUAAAAUUUAUGUUUUUAAAACGCAAUUUGUUUAAAAUUAAACAGAAUUAGCUCUAGAUUUCAUUAUAAUAAUUAUCACUUAUAUAUCAAAAUUUUCCAUUAAAAAUUUUUCUAUUAAAAAAUUUUUUGUUCACUCAUGGAGGGGUGGGUUUUUGGUCAAAAAAUGGGGAUUUUUCUAAUGGUUUUGUUCACUCACGGAGCGGGGGAGUAAGCUGCAGCUUUACAAUUUUAAAUUUAAACCUCAAAAAGGCUUUGGAGAGCUCAGGAGGCCUGAAGUUUACUAUAAUUUUAACUGGUAUAACAAGGAGCUUUAUCCUUCUUUUUUAAGAGUUGAGCUGAGAGUAAUAGAGCAGCCAGAAAGGAAAUUUGUAAGGUAUAUGCCAAUAUCUCCUUUUGAAAGAGAAGAAGGCGAAAAAACCUAUGAAGAGCUAGAAAUGGAAGCAGCAGAGCCAAGAAAACUAAAACUUGGUGGAAAAGAAGAAAUUGAUGCAGAAGCACUAGAAAGAGCAAAAAGACUGACAAAAUGGAGAAGACUGUAUCAAGAAGACUGCAUGAUUCCUAAUAAGCUUGCAUUUAAGUUGCAAGCUAGCAAGCUAGGGUGUUGGAGGUUAUCUUUUUCUCAUAAUGGGAAAUAUUUGGCUGCUGGGUGUACUGAUGAAACAACGGUCAUUAAAAUUUAUCAAGUCGAGGAUGGAGAACUGACACUGACUUUAAGAGGACAUGCAGACUUAGUCCAUGAUUUAGCGUGGAGUGAAGAUGAUAUGUACUUAAUUAGCAGCUCUUCAGAUGGGACGACCAAAAUAUGAGACUUCACAGGGAUCUUCAGAGGUGGAGGCGAGGCUACUGGGUUUACACAGUCUGCCUUUAACCCUGGGACUGCUGAAUUUUUAAAAGUCAGCUUGCAGCAUCCUUCUUAUGUGUACUCUGGGCAGUUCCACCCUGACCAAACCCAUUCUGGCUACUUUAUAAUCGCAACUGCUUGUUUUGAUGGAAAUGUACGGUUUUGGUUUUCCAACCCAGAAUCGACUACCAUGAAUUCUGAGCUCCCCAUUAUCCCUCAGCAGCAGCUAGACUACCAAUAUCUUAAAGAAGAACGUCUAAAAAACCCAACUGAUGCUGAACUAUUAGAGCACCGGCAUCCUAAUACAAUAGUUUUUGAUAACCAAGAAAUAAUGUACGUAGGAGACUCUUUAGGCAUGAUCCAUUUAUUUAGUGUCCAAAUCAGGGAUAAUAUGCUGCAGACUGCAUUAAUUCAUCAAGUCAGCCUUGAUGAGCUAUUAGGAGACCCUAUUAAUACUAUAUUAUUACAGCCUCCUGAAAAAAGAUUUUUACUAGUGCUUACACGUGAUAACGUAAUCAGAAGAAUUGAGCCUGCAAGAGCCGCCCAAGCUGAUACCCACGAUUUAAUAGAUACAAGGUUUUUUGGGGCAAAAAUCGCGAAAUUCGCUGUGAGAAAUUGCAUAAGUCCUGAUGGGCGGUAUUUGUUGUCAGGGUCUGAAGAUGGGAAAAUUUAUUUGUGGGAUGUGGCGACAGGGUAUAGAGAAGAUAUUUCACAUUUAGAAGUAGGGGUGAAGGAUUUGAUUAGUGAUGUGGCAUGGAAUUCGACUUAUAAUAUGAUCGCUGUGGCUGGAUUUGGGUCUGAGCUGCCGAUUUUGAUAUACUGCUAUGAAAAAACACAAGAAGAUGCAGAAAAUGCCCUUAUGGAGCUAAAUAAUCGAGUGCCUGAGGAAGGAAAAGACUAUUUAGCGCCACAAAAAGAAGUUAUCAGCAAUUUGGCUUAUGAAGUAGGAGCCACACGAGAGCUUCCUUCACGGCAGUCAAAUUUCCCACGGUAUUAA